AUGAACCUAGAACAGGCAUUGGAGGAGGUGGGUCAACGCAGCAGCCUGCCGAACCAUUCCGGAGAUAAAGACCAGACGAACAGCGUUCACUCAGGGUUCCAUUUGCGAGUAAAUCGCUCACGAGAGCAAGGCCGUUCGCCCCGAAAUGGAGUAUAUCCAUUCAAGUACCAAGGGGGCCUUUGUCCUCCCCUGGUUGACAGUAGGAGAGACAUGACACAGCCACCCAACCCCAGCAAACUGGUUUGUUCACCCCAGGAGUGUGGUAGCGAGGAGGAGGAGGAGGAGGAGCCGGAGGAGGAGGAGCAGCAGGAGGAGGAGAAGGAGGAGGAGGAGGAGGAGAAAGAACAAAGGCAAAAGCAAAAGCAGCAGCAUUUGAGAACAAAUGAUAAUCAUCAUUUAUCUCGAAGGAGCGAGGAGGAGGAGGAGGAGGAGCCGGAGGAGGAGGAGCAGCAGGAGGAGGAGAAGGAGGAGGAGGAGGCGGAGAAAGAACAAAGGCAAAAGCAAAAAGCAGCAGCAUUGAGAACAAUUGAUAAUCAUCAUUUAUCUCGAAGGAGCGAGGAGGAGGAGGAGGAGGAGCCGGAGGAGGAGGAGCAGCAGGAGGAGGAGAAGGAGGAGGAGGAGGAGGAGCAAAGAACAAAGGCAAAAAGCAAAAACAAAAGCAGCAGCAUUUGA